UUGUCUGGCGCGGGCGCGGGCCUCUGAGGUGAGGAGGCAGCGGCGGCGGCGGCGCCGACAGGCCGGACGGGGCGGAGGUCUGGCCGGCCGGGAGCCGCGUCGACGUCGUUGCCCGCGAGAGAAGAGCGAAAGAGAAGGAGAAGGAGAGAGGCCGGAGGGAAGGAAGCGGACAGAGCCAUCCCUCGGCUCAGCCUGGGCUGCACGGCGGCUGGGCCGGGCUUGGCGGCGCUCCGCCCCGCGGCCUGCCUGCCGCCGCCGCUCCUCCUCCUCCUCCUGCUGCUGCCGCCCUGCGCCGUCGGGGAAGUCCUCCGCUGCUGAGGGGCCGCCGGAGCCGAGCUGGGAAGGGAACGCCGCCGCCGUCGCCGUCAUGUCGGGCCAGUCGAUCACCGACCGGAUCACGGCGGCGCAGCACAGCGUCACCGGCUCGGCCAUCGCCAAGGCCGUCUGCAAGGCCACCACCCACGAAGUCAUGGGCCCCAAGAAGAAGCACCUCGACUAUUUAAUUCAAUGCACAAAUGAGAUGAAUGUGAAUAUUCCACAGUUAGCAGAUACGCUUUUUGAGAGGACGGCAAACAGUAGCUGGGUAGUAGUGUUCAAAGCUCUAAUUACAACGCACCACCUCAUGAUGUAUGGAAAUGAGCGCUUUAUUCAAUACUUGGCAUCUCGAAAUACAUUAUUUAAUCUCAACAAUUAUCUGGAUAAAAGUGCCAUGCAGGGCUAUGAUAUGUCUACCUUCAUCAGACGAUAUAGCAGAUACUUGAAUGAAAAAGCACUUUCUUAUAGACUUGUAGCAGUUGAUUUCACCAAAAUGAAAAGAGGGAUUGAUGGUGUGAUGAGGACAAUGAAUACUGAAAAACUUUUGAAAACCCUGCCAAUUAUUCAGAAUCAGCUGGAUGCACUUCUUGAUUUUGAUGCAAACCCAAAUGAACUAACCAAUGGAGUAAUCAAUGCUGCCUUCAUGCUCCUCUUUAAAGAUUCCAUUAGGCUUUUUGCAGCCUAUAAUGAGGGGAUCAUUAACCUACUAGAAAAAUAUUUUGAUAUGAAGAAGAACCAGUGCAAAGAAGGUCUGGAUAUCUACAAAAAGUUUUUAGCCAGAAUGACCAAACUAUCAGAAUUCCUCAAAGUGGCAGAGCAAGUUGGAAUUGAUCAGGGUGACAUUCCAGAUCUUACUCAGGCUCCCAGCAGUCUGCUUGAAGCCCUGGAGCAGCAUCUGGCUUCUUUGGAAGGAAAGAAGACCAAGGAAGUUUCAGCUGCCAGCAGAGCAAGUACUCUCUCCAGUGCCGUUUCCACCCUGGCCAACACAGGAAUGUCCUUCAGUAAAAUGGAUGAAAGAGAGAAACAGCAGGCUCUGGAGGAAGAGCAAGCUAGACUGCAGGCUCUGAAGGAACAGCGAUUGAGAGAGAUUUCUGUGGUUUCCAAUUCUACUUCUACUUCUGCUUCUCCAAGCACUUUAUCAGGAAAGAGUGUGAACACCAAUCCUGCCGUUGACCUCUUUGCAGCCCCCGCCCCAACUACCAAUAGCAUGCCCAACCUUUCUACCGAUCUCUUCGAUCUUCAACCUGCAUUUGUUCCUACGGUACAAAGUACUCCAGCCAUAGCAACGUCAGCAAGCAGUGCCUGGGGAGGACAUUUCUCAUCCACAAAUGGUUGUGUUGGGUCUCCACCCCAUCUGGAUGUCUUUGAUAUGAAACCGGUUGAAGAAGCUGUAAAAAGUACAACUCCUUUUGUGAGCUCCACCUUUGGCUCCAAACAAACAGUGGAACUAUUUAGUGGUUACCCUCUUCAUUCCGCAUCACAGAAAACAACCUCUUCAACUAUUAAUGUGGACUUUGAUGCUGUAUUUGGUGGAAAAUCGACUAUAAAUGAUUUUGGAACUACAGCAGAUGAUGUAUUACAACCAACAGUAGCUGCACAAAAUCAGAGAGGAAAUGUAAUUGGGCAACAAAGUGGGAGGAUUUUGGCCAAUGACCUUGACUCAUCACUUGCUAAUCUAGUAGGAAAUCUUGGAUUUGGAGGGACACCACCCAAAAAAUCUGAUAUGCAGUGGAAUCAGCCUACAGAGAAGAAACUUACUGGGGGUAACAACUGGCAAGCAAAAACAAGCACCUCAACUACGUGGAACACUGUUCCUGUACCUCCUGCUCCACAGAUGGUACCUGCUCCAGUAACCUACCCAGUAAAUACACCUCAAGUGCCUGUGUAUGGAAUGGUACCUACUCAGAUUGGAACUGCCCCUAUUAUGACACCUCAGCCCAUGAUUUAUACCCAAACCGGUCUAAGGCCAAACAAUCCUUUUGCACCUAUCUCUGGAACACAGAUUCAGUUUAUGUAGAUCUGCCAAAACAACGAGACUCUUUAACAACCAAAUUGGUACAGAGAAGAUGAAACUUUCAGACUGCAGCCUUUGCCAGAGCUCAUACUUGCUCCGCGUAUACUAUAAAAUUACUUUUAAUUGCUGUGCUUUAGAGAUUCUUUUUAUAACAGUCCCUAUGGUCUGAAAUUAUGUGUGGGUUUGGAUGGGGUUAAGACUGUUUUCCAUAAGAGGUUUUAAGUAUUUUGAAACUAAAGGUCAUCCAGGUUCAAAAAGAAUAUCCUACUUUUUGUUGCUUUUAAAGACAAGCUUACUUAGGAAUCCUUGGAAGGAUUAAUUUUUUUAAUUUUGAGCCUGUAGUAAGCAAGUGGACAGCCUCAAACUUCUAUUUAUUUUCUCCCUGAAACUCGGUGGCUGAUGUAAUCAUGGGCACUGUAGAGCAAAGUUGAGCAAUAAGCCUUUUAGAUGCUCUGAAGGACUACCCAAAACAGUCAAUACUCUGACAGGAGUAAUCCUGCAUUGUGAAAAAAGCUCGUUCUCUUGGGAAACCAAGCUGUUUUUCUUCAUAUUAGGCUGGCUUCUUCUGAUUCAUAGAUUUUAUACUGUGAGUUUUCAAAUGCUGUGAAUCAACUUUAAUUAAAUGGGCCAUUAGCAUUAAUUGAAUUGGCCGUUAAUGGAAAACAAAUUAAUUGGCAUUCAAGCGGAGGGAUUGUUUAGCCCAGCUGUAGGGCUACAUGUGGCUGGGGGUGCUGGAGUAGCAUAUUAUGAGCAAUGUGUGAGGUUCUGGUGUGAAUGGCAACAGCUGCAAUACUUUAUACGAGUAGCAUUGUCUCUGACUCUGGUGAGAGUUGACUUCUAUCCUGGCUUUUUUUUAAAAAAAAAAAAAACCAACACCCAGUAAAUGGUCAGCAAGAAGUUGUAAAUCUGAGAGGUUGCUUGUCCUGAAAGGGGCAUCAUGCAUUUUUCAUUGUGCUUCAUCACGUUCCGUGGUGCACUUUAAAAACUGGAAAGGUGGAUUUCUGAACGGUCCAUCCACGGCAUAGCCUAGUUUUUUGUCAACAAGGGAGGCAAGGAAAAGAUGCCCGUAACGUAAGGUAACAUUUUUUAGAGGAAAGAAUUGUAAAUAAUGUGUAAACUUCAAGGACAGAAUUUCUCCAGAAUUGCAGGAUUUUUUUUGUUGUUGUUUAUCUUUGUAACAUUCAAAAUAUGAAUAUUUACAGCUUAAAAAUAUACAGCUCCAAAUUUCUUUGGUAUUGAAAAGCUCAAACUAUUGUUCCUGAAAAUAUGUGAGAUGUUACUGCAGUUUAGGAGAGUGUAUGUAAUGUGAUGAUACAGCUUGAUGGUCCAUAAUUUUCAACUCUCCUCCAAAACUGGUGGUGGUGGUGAUGAUGAUGAUAACAAAAACAAUAAUGAUAGAUUAACUACCGUGGGAAUUGACCCAGAUGUAUUAUCAGGGGGAAUCACAAGAAAUUUAGAUUUAAAAUCCCUUUUUAAAAUCAAAGAAGCGUUCUAAUUAAUGCAAGAGUUGACUCCUUCAUAUCACUGCCAGGCUUCUGGUGUUAGGCCCGUUACCACAGCAAUAACAGGACAAACGAUAUCAAAUGAUGCUAGUAUGGUUCUUCUUUCAUAGAAUUUUCCCCUAUUUGGCCAGAUAUUCUUAAAAUACGGCAAUUGAUUUCAAACAUUUGCCAAAUUGUGGGUUUUGUUCCUAGGAAAAAGGGAUUUAAUAGCAACUACAAAGAAAAAAAACAUUUUUGCAGAUCAGAAUGUCAAACUCAGAAAACCAUUUUUUUCUCUAUACGUGUCUUUUGUGUUUGUUAAUAUUGUGCCAAGAAUGUAAAAAAAAAAGCCUGCUUCAAAAAAGAUAUACUUGUUUUGUCAAGCUAAACAUGAUUUUUUAAAGGAAAGAAUCAUUUUUUACAUAUGUGUUUGCAAUUUGUAACCACUAACUUUGUAUGGAUUAAAUGUGCAAGUGGAAAAAAAUGUUUUAGACCAAAUCUUCGACAUGUACUGACAAAGACGUAAACUGGAUGCAUGUAAUUAAAUGUAGAAAGUGAAUUUUCAAGGGCUUUUGACUUUAAUGUAUUCUCCAGAUUUGCCCCAAACCAGUAUUUAUUUUGACCCUGUAUAAACUGGAGCAAUUUAUUUGUGGGAUUUGUUUGAAUUGAUAUUUUCAUGCAUUAAUUUAACUAAUCCUCAUAUAAGAUUGUAUAAACUCGCCUUCCCAUCGAUUUUCACUCUUUCAAUCCAGUUUAGAUCAGUACAUGUGUUUUAAAUAACAUAGGUUUUAUAAUUAGAAAUACUUUAUCACAGACAUUGUGAUCAUGUGAACCAUCAUAUAAGCAGCAAGCUUUUUAACUCCCAGAGAUUAUUGUCUAAUCAUGGAAUUUUAAUGAUGUUUAAUUUAUUACAUUUACUGGCUGCAAUUUUACAGCAAGGAACAUCUUGCAAUAUCCAUCUCAUCAGAGAGAGAGAGAGAGAGCAACUCUCCACAUGAAAGUAUGUUAUGUUAUUGCUUGAUAUAAUAUUAUGUGUACUUAACUGAUUUUAUUGUAAUUAUAAUAAUUCAAAAUAAUAACCACAAUGUUCCCAUUGCAACAUAUUGAUGUAUAAAAUUUCUGAUAUUUACAAAUUCUUUCUUCUAUUUCGUGUCCAGCACAGUUCAUAAAAAUAUAUUUUAAUUUCUCUGUAGCUUAAGGUACUUGCAGCUCAGCCACUCUGAACAUGCUCCUGUGCCUGCAAAACUUUUAACGAGUUCACACACAACCAGUAACAACCUCUUUCUCAGAAGGUACACAAAAGAUUGUGUUCUCCUUAUACCUCUCUACAGUGAUCUUCUAAACCAGAGGUCUUCAAUCUUGGCAGCUUUAAGACUUGUGGACUUCAACUCCCAGAAUUCUCCAGCCAGCAUAGUUGGCUGGAGAAUUCUGGGAGUUGAAGUCCACAAGUCUUAAAGUUGCCAGGUUUGGGGACCCCUGUUCUAAAUAAACAUGGUGUCCAGUUGACCCUGUGAAUAACACCGUCCGUGAGCUGCAGUUGAUAACAUGAUGUGUUUUUAACGCCUUUGAACUGUGUGAUUUCUAGCAGGAUUUCAUCCCAUCUUUAACAGUUUUAAUUUGGGGCUUCUAUUUUUAUCAUAUCCAAGUCCUGGAUGUGAUUAUAUUUUAGCUGAUUUUAGACAGUAAGCAUUUUUGCUUUUAUUCUGUCAAGCAGUGGUUUCCAAACCGCAGCUGUCCCUAGUUGUGUAUCAGCUGUAAAUAUUAGCUUUGAAAUUGGAAGUAAUCUCUAGUAUGUAGUUCUCUGGGUGAUGUUUAAAUAAUAUUGCUUAGUUACCAGACCUUUAAUUAGACAAGGUGGGAGUUGUCUGUUAUCUCCUGACCAGCCACUGUGUCCUGGAAUUGCCUCCCCCCAAAUUAAACUGGCACAAAAGAGGAGAGUGGAAAAAUUGGCAUAGGGCAUCAGAGCCUGGGUGGUAGUGCUUAUGACUGCACUGAAGAGCUGACUCUCUAGGACAGGAAUUGCAUUCAUAGAACAGUUUGGCAGAAGUACCCCUGCAUUGAGAAAUUGGAAUCUUCCUGUCUUCCUGAUGGUGGGUGCAUCAUUGCAAUUCCUUGCUGCAAGAUUGCAAGAUCUUUUUUAAAAAAAACCAAAACAGUAGACCUGGGUAAAUGGUCCUUGUUAAUUUUAUUGCAAGUGUUUUUGCAUCUGCCGCAGUUGGAAUUUUCUGUCUUCAUGCCAGAAAUUACCAUUGUACAGGCAACUGUACCAUUUUCAACUUCCAGUUGGCUAAAGGUUGUUUACAGUGAUUUUAGUGUUGUUAUAGUUGAAUGGUUUUGACACGUUGGACAGUAAGUGUAUAUGUUGUGCAUACUUAAAACAGUCCCCUCUCCCUGAUUUUAUAUAUUUAUUUAUAGAUCGAGGUGAACUUCCUAGAAUGUUAUCAAUCAACUGUAUCCCAGCUAAAUCCAGGAACACUCCAAUCUGAGACUUAAGCACAUGGACUAAGACCGUAACACCCCUGAUUUCAUAUGCCUUAGGUUAUCAUUAGAGCUGUGCAGACUUUCAGGAAUAAAUCCCAAUAGGUGCUUCGGUGCACAAAUGCAACACCUGGCUGCAACUCUGUAGAGCACUUGAGUUUGCAGGAUUGUGUGGUGGCUCUCGCUCAUGGCCUCAGGAAAAGAUGCUGCUGCUUUAAAGAGGGACCAGGAAAUUCCAUCUUUGUGUUCCUUUGCGCUCCACAGCAAUGAAGCAUAUAAAAAUAAUUAUAAAUUUAAGGAGAAAAAUCAUGUUCAAAAUUGGCAUUUGCCUAGCCAGUAUUGAAAACAUACGUGUAAAUAUACUGGUGAUGCUAAAGAAAAUUAAUAUAAUGUAAUUAAUGUAAUAUUUCAUCCAUUAACAUUUUUAUUGCAAAUGUUUCUAGUUCUCUAUAAGAGAGAGGAUGCUUCCCGUUACAAUGUUCUUUUUAGACCAGUGGUGAAUUUAAGGUUUCUGAUUAAAGAAAAAUGAAAAACCAACCCAAAUUAAGACAAAUGUGCCUGUUUUAUGCCACCCGUUACUGUUUACUGGGAAAUCAGCCCAGUUAAGUCCAGCAGGAUUUAUUUCCAAGUAAUCUCAGUCUGAAAUUGGGAAGCCCUGGGUUUAGCUGUCAUUACUGCUUUUAUAAUUUGCCAAAAUUAAGAUAGCAGAACAAAAUGAACUCCUGAGAUAUUCAGAGAUGAUGUUUAUCAAAAGAAAAGGAGGUCUCUGUGUUGCACAUACAUUAAUAAGGCUUUGUAUGUCAACGUCAUUUCUUGUCCCCCCCUUACAAUACUAAAAAAACAUUGGGGUUUUGAUUUUUUCCAAGAGAAGCAGGAUGGAUCUGAAGAUGGCCAGAUGCUUGUGUGGAAACCUUUGCACAGCCGCAACUCCAUGUUAGGCAGAGCUGGGGACAGUUGGGCUGCUGGCUGGCUUUUAGGAAGUUGAGUGAGAUUCUAGAAAAUGCUAUUUCAGCACCAUGCACAGUAGCAACGUCUCUCAUAGGAUGCUGGGCAUGUAUGUGGCCUUAAAAUGGCAUCCAGAAAUGAAGUGACCGAAGAUGCACUCUCUUUCGCCUUCCCUCCCGUCUCCCUGGGCCAUCUUCUGAAUCCCUUUGCCCCCUCCCCAACAGAUCUCGGAUACUAGAAAUUAACUUGGUGUAGAGAAACGUCCUGCAGCUGGUUUCAAUACUGACAUUUGUCCAAUACUAACAUUUUGGAGCAAAGCCCUGUGUGUGUCUCCUGAUUGGCAUAUGGCAUGUUGACAUCCCAGUCAGACUGUCCUUCUCAUCUCACUGCUGGCCCUAAAUGGGGGAAAAGCUGGAUUUUGUCAUACUUGAAAAAGUCUGUGCUGAAUUGAAGGUUCCUCUUUCUAAAUAACACAUUUUACAAAGAACGGUAAAUAUUUUUAGUCCUCUGUAUAUAGUAAGGCUAAGUACCAUUUUUUAAGGCAAGACUAUUGGGGGUGGGUGGGUGUUGAAAUGUUAUCUUUAAAAUUGAAUACAGGGUGUACAGAAUCUGGUUUUGUUUUGCUUUUUUGGUUUGAUUUGCUCUUUUUUCAGGUGUGGUUUGAGAAUUUGCUGGGAUAUCAGCUUUUGAGUAGAAUGCACUGUGGAUCAGUGCUUUUAUUUGUAAUGAAAGGGAAUCCUUUUUUCCUCAAGUAGUCUACAUUUUGAGGAUAAUGCUGAAAUGCUUUGUGUACUGCUCGCUUAUUUCCAUUCUAAAGAUUAUAUUUUUGAGUUAGGGAAACUACAUGUUUUCACUGCAGUUUCUAGAAAAUGUUUAGAAAUAGAAAGGUUGCUUCUGAUUCUGGUGUACUCUGACUUCUUGAUUGUCAGGUACCGAUUGAAAAACGUAUUGUGUCACUCAAUUUUCUCUACGGCUGUCUGACACUCAUUUUAAAUAUUGUAAUAACUGGUGCAGUCUUUCUUCUCCUUUUGUCCCAGUCUGUAGUAUUCUCCAAAACUGAUAAAUCUUUGGAUGUAUUUGUAUUUGUGUAUCCAAUGGUUGUAGGAUUUAGAGCAGGGGUGGGGAACUAUGGACCCUUUAUGACCUGUGGACUUCAACUCCCAGAAUUCCUGAGCCAGUCAUGCAACAAUUUUGUUACUCUGGUUUCUUUUUUUCCUCCCAAGUGUUCUGCUAUAAAAGCCGUAGGCGGCUUGCAGUUUAGCUAAGCUUUAAAGCAGAUUUUAGGCCAUGUGUAGAAUUGGACUCAGACUAUAUUAAUGGCAUUUGAAUGGUGCUAAAAAAGAUUGUAAUGGGAUUCCCAUUUAAACAGGUAACAGUGAAGUGAAAGUAGCUUAGUCUUGAUCUAACUCACCAGGCUGAAUUAGUGGAGCACAUACACCCAUCAGCAAGCUUGCAGUGAGGAGCUUUUGAAUAGUCUUCCAAGAUGAUGCUACUUCUCAGCAUCCUUUACUGUUACUCAUAUUGAUAGGAGCUGCUGCUGAGCAAGAUCUGGAGAUCCCCAUCUCAGGUACUCUGUUCACUUGGGAAGGCAGGGGCAUAGGUUGUGUAUCUGGCAGUUGACCUCUGUUUGAGCUUCUCUAUGUAGAUCAAGGGUGUUAAACUCAAUUUCAUUGAGGGCCGCGUCAGGGUUGUGUUUGACCUCGGGGGGCCAGGGUGGGUAUGGCCAGCUUGACGUCACUCAUGUCGGGGGCGUCUGUGGUGGCCUGAGUGCUCUGCCAAUGAAAAUGGGCUCCCAGGCUCCAUUUUUUGCCUGCCAUAGUCUCCUGCAACCUCUGCCAGUGAAAACAGAGCUCAGGAGGGCCGUGCACAUUUUUGCUGGCAGAAGCAUCACGGGCCAGUCCUUUGCUGCUUCCAGGGCAGCCCCGCGGGCCAGAUCUAAGCACCCUGUUUAGAUCCGGCCCCUUGGGCCUUGAGUUUGACACCCCUGAUCUAGAUCAAUGUUUCUCAACCAUAGCAACUUGUGAGGACUUCAGCUCCCAGAAUUUUCCAGCCAGACGACUGCCUGGGGAGUUCUGGGAGUUGCAGUCCAGACAUCUUAAAAGUUUGCCAUGGUUGAGAAACACUGAUCUAGUGGCAGUUAAGAAGCAAAAAGUUAAUAGGCAGAGUUGGAAGAACAAGUGAAAUAAUAAAGGUCACAUUUCCUACUUUUUUAAACAUUUGUCACAUAGAACAGGGUAUGGAUCAAAAUACUGAUAUGCAGUGAGGAGGGUAAGACCUGCCCCACAGGCAUUGCUCCGAAGGGGGGGGAAAAUUCUGUGCCAAAAGAUGAAGACCCCCUUGAGUCAUUCAGUGGACAUUUUGGGAUAGCUUUGUGGAAGUGUUUCUGUCAGCCUAAUUUGGAUGUGUUGUAUUUGUAACUUCCUGUCUAAUCUACAGCCUGACAGCUUUCAAUUCUAAUUUCUAAUUAGUGCAUCCAAGUACUGACCCUAAGUUUUUUUCCGUACAGCUAAGAUUGGCUAGGUACUGAUUCAGUUGUGAAACCCCCAAGUUUGUCAAAAGCAUCAUAGUUCCCUGUGCAAAUAGCAGUAUUUAGGAAAGAGUUGCAGCUCUGCCCCUAAAUCCCGCCCCCCUUUUUUUUGAAGGACAUAAAAUGCAACUCACAUUUCUCAUGGUGUCUAGUUUGUAGGGCCUUUUUUGUUGAAGAGCCAGGAAAAGUGAGCUAAGUCAAUCCCACAACAACAGCUGGUGGAAAACCCCUCCUGUGCUUGUCUCUUGGUGCCAGACAGCCACCCUGCAAAGGUAGAUUGGCACAGCCAAGGAGAGAAUGUUGCCUGUCAUUUCUGUCAGUGAACUUGGUGAGCCAAUGACACACAUCCAAUAUUGGUGGAAGCAGGGUAAAUUGUGGCAAAUUAUCGAUCUUGUAAUUCUAGCUAACCUGUGAGCUAUAUCUGCACCACCAAUACAAUUACUUUGGUUGCUUCCAACCUGUUCUGGAAAUGAAGGUAAAGAUACUUUGUAAGUAAAGCCUGCAAUUUGAGGUCUCCUUGCUACCCUACAGCUCUUGGCUAUAGGAAGCCAAUGAUAUUCAGAAAAAAUUCCCAACUGUUGAAGGCAGUAAGUGGAAAACCUUAUAAGAUUUUUGCUUUGGUUCUCCAAAAUGCCUAUUUUUAGAAUUCAAAGGCCAGCGGUAGUUGCCAUAUUACUUGGGUGACAGAUGAUAAAGUUAUUGAAUGUUGUCUGAAUAUCUGUAGCCAAAUAACAAAAUGUUCAAUUAGAAUACAAUAGAAAUGUACGGUUAUUCACACCAAUUUCUCUCAUUCAUUAACUGAAAUUAUUGUGAACUUCAUACAGUAGUUCUAGUGAAAACCACUUGAACCAUUUAGUUGUAAAUUGCGAUUUACCAGGAUUGAUACUUGUAUGUAAAUCUUAUUUGAAGUAAUUGUAAACCUAAAAUCCAAGUACAAUUAAAAUUCCAAGAUGUUUUUUGUGUCAGUAAGGCACUAUUGAAGGAAUGUAACCUUUAUUUUGAAAAUGCUUAAUUUCUGCAAAAGUGUUUGUAUUUUUUCAUAUUUGAAAUGUUUUUCUAAGUUGACAUUUUUGUUCAACAUUUGAAAUAUAAUUAAGUAUAUUGUGAUUUUCUGUUUGAACUUCUCAAAGUAUUUAUUUUGCCCAGCUCAUGUUAGAUUGCAAAAGUGUUGGAGAACACAUCUAGCCAUCAAAACCUUUUUCAGUUUAAGCACCCUCCCCCAACCAAUUUUUUUCUGAAAUAUUUUGUUUGCCAUGUUAACACUUCAAAGAUUCUGGCGCUAACUGGCUUGACAGCAUAUAAAACAAGGAAGUGGUUGAGACUAUUGUAUAGACUCCAUUUUGUUAAUGAAACAGGUUUUGGAAAAUAAACUUUGGCACAAAGUG